CACAAGACUCCAAGAAGAAAUCAAAGCGAUCCGGCAACGGAGACCCCCACGCCACGCACAUCGCCUUGUUAAACUCAACUCACCCAUCAGCCUCAGCCAUCACCUCCCGCGCGCGCCGCCUGCAGCGCACGACGCGGAAGAGGAUUAGCCGGUAACCACCCACCCCGUCGGAUUUAGAUUCGAAUCAGAUCCUCGCCUCGCCGCGCAACCGACUGCCUGUCUGGUGUGUGUUUGUGUGUCCCCGCACAGUGUAGCGCCGCGCCCACGCGCAUCGAGCGAGGCGGGCGAGGCCAUGGCGCCCGCCGCGUUCGACGCCGAGGCCGGCGCCACCAACGGCCACGGCGCCAGCUACGGCACCAAGCCGGCGCCCGCGGCCGGGCUCGGGCCCGGGGCCGAGGCCGACGCCGGCGCCGCCUUCGUGCUCGAGUCCAAGGGGACGUGGUGGCACGCGGGGUUCCACCUGACGACGGCGAUCGUGGGCCCGACGGUGCUGACGCUCCCCUACGCGCUGCGCGGCAUGGGGUGGGGCCUCGGCCUCACCCUGCUCUCCGUCAUGGCCGCCGUCACCUUCUACGAGUACUCCCUCAUGUCCCGCGUCCUCGACCACUGCGAGGCGCGCGGCCGGCGCCACAUCCGCUUCCGCGAGCUCGCCGCCGACGUCCUCGGGUCCGGGUGGAUGUUCUACUUCGUGGUCACCGUGCAGACCGCCAUCAACACCGGCGUCAGCAUCGGCGCCAUCCUGCUCGCCGCCGACUGCCUCGAGAUCAUGUACACGAGCCUUGCUCCCCAUGGUCCCCUGAAACUGUACCACUUCAUCAUCAUCGUGGCUGUGGUGCUGGCCUUCCUCUCCCAGCUACCGUCGUUCCACUCGCUGCGGCACAUUAACUUCGUCUCGCUGCUCCUGAGCUUGGGUUACACCAUCCUUGUGGCUGCUGCUUGCAUUCGUGCAGGCUUGUCCAAAAACGUUCCUCCGAAGGACUACUCGCUAAGCUCCUCCAAGUCCGAGAAGACCUUCGAUGCUUUUCUAUCCGUUUCCAUCCUUGCCUCCGUCUUCGGCAAUGGCAUACUGCCUGAAAUCCAGGCGACGCUGGCGCCACCGGCGGCGGGGAAGAUGAUGAAGGCGCUGGUGCAGUGCUACUCCGUCGUCGUCUUCACCUUCUUCCUGUCGUCGAUCACGGGGUACUGGGCCUUCGGCAGCCGCGUCCAGUCCAACGUGCUCAAGAGCCUCAUGCCGGACUCGGGUCCGGCCCUGGCCCCGACGUGGCUGCUGGGCGUGGCGGUCCUCUUCGUCCUCCUCCAGCUCCUGGCCAUCGGCCUCGUCUACUCCCAGGUGGCGUACGAGAUCAUGGAGAAGGGCUCCGCCGACGCGUCCCAGGACCGGUUCUCCCGCCGUAACCUCGUCCCGCGGCUGCUGCUCCGGACGCUGUACCUGGCCUUCUGCGCGUUCGUGGCCGCCAUGCUGCCCUUCUUCGGCGACAUCGUGGGCGUGGUCGGCGCCGUCGGGUUCGUCCCGCUCGACUUCGUGCUCCCCGUGCUCAUGUACAACAUGGCGCUCGCGCCGCCGCGGCGGUCCCCGGUCUUCCUCGCCAACACGGCCGUCAUGGUCCUGUUCGCCGGCGUCGGGGCCAUCGGCGCCUUCGCCUCCAUCCGCAAGCUCGCGCUGGACGCCGGGAAGUUCAAGCUGUUCAGCAACAACGUUGUCGACUGAUGAACACUUUGAAAGUAGUAACGUGUCUCGAGUGGAAUGUUACAGCAAUUCAAGUGCGUGCAUAGCCGAUCGAGAUGUGUCACGCACUGUGAACGUGACUAGUUGGGUGGCAUUGCGUACGAGUAUACUAGGCAAGUAGCACAUGAGAUUUAAGGCUCCGUUGGGUGGCAUUAGUACUACCAUGACGUGAAAGCAGGGAACAAGUUGCUCCCCUUC